CGCUCCAAUAAACUAGUACAUCUGCGAUCUUGUUCUGGUUACAUUUGGUCCGUCCGUAUCUUAUCAAGGAUAAUAUAAUUUCACUUUCAAAAAUAACCAGAGAUAAGCUCUAGCAAGAGAAGCAGGAAAUCUCUUGGGGGACAAAAAGUAGUUAUAGAUAUGUAUUAAAUGGCACGUUUCGUUGCUAGAUAAAAUUAAAUUGGUGGAUUAAGUUGGCGUACUUUAAAUGUCUGGUCGCCUGUUUAUUUAACUUAUUCCCCUAAUUGUAAUUGAUUAAAAGGAGUUGCUAACUUAUUAAUUUUGUUAUAUUAAAAUGAAGUUAACGUUUAUAUAUACUAUAUCGUUUUUAAUAAUACCAAAAUUUAUCAAAGUUAUUUGCUGAUAAGAAAGGGAAAUAACGAAAUAAGUCAAAAGAAAAUGGCCUGCCAAAAAGAUGGCGGCUGCUCUAAUAUAAACGAAAAUUGAUUAUCCUGGAUUUGUUGGGGGAUGGAGUUCUUAGGGUCCUGGGGGGUGGCAUACUAAAACAUAUUGUUGGCAUUUGUGUGCGUGUAUUUUCGAGACGUUUAUAAAUGAAUGUAGGCAUUUUGAGUUGACAGGCACGAAAAUUAAAAGAAAAAUGAGCUUUUUUUUCGCUUGAGUUGUGUGGCAGCAAAACACCCGCUCCACCAGAGCCACCCACUGGCACCAGAGCCACCACCACAAAGACCAGAACCGAUGGCUGCUGCUAAUCUGCCGCAAACCGCGUCUCGCUUCUCGUCUUCCAUUUCCCAGGCAUCAGCAAGCGGCAGCCUUUCAAACAAACUUUGACACGCACACGAACUUUUAUUAUUAACCGUGGGGGAGGAGGUGGAGCAGUCAUGGCUUUGAGUGGGUGGGGGGCACAAGCUCGUCUGGGCCUCUGAGACUGGGUCGUGCCGCCUUUUCUCGACGGAAUGAGACCACGACUACUGAGCCUUUGGGUCGAAAGGGGGAAGGCAGGGCAGAUACGACACCGAAUCCAAAUCCGAGGCGGUGGCAGUGGCAGUAAAAGUAGCAGCCACCGCGCGUCGCGUCGCCUCGCAUGCAACAUUUUUCUUUUGAAAAAUGAACGAAACAUGAUUCGCCAAAAUAGCAAGAGCUAUACAUACACACGAACUCACAUAAAUAUAUAUAUAUAAAUAAUAUAUUUAUAGAGAAAGAAGUGCUAUGUACACCAUAUGGUAUGGAACUUGAGUUCCGGUGGGGCACCAAACGCGGGGUGGUACAAGCUGCAAGGUCUCAACUGUGGCCUAUAAGCUGUACAUAGGCUGAUCAAAGCGAAAACAGUGAAGGAGUCUGUAAAGGGAUCAGGUAUGUUAUCAAUGUUAUCAAUUUCAAAAAAACCGACAUUUUUGAACCCAAAAAAUAUCGAUAUUUAUCACUGUGAUUAUAAAUUAGCAUACCAUAUUUAGUCUUAUAUUAGAGACGGCCAUACUAAAGUGACUAAUCACAAAUUCUACUUGGUAUCGAUACCUUUUAUUAUUUUUCGGAGCGGAGUUGUUGAAGAAAAAAGUUUUGCAAAAUAAUUGCCUGUGAAUAUUUAAAAUAGUUGUACUUCAAAAGUGUGCAAUUGGAAACUUUGACAGUUGAUUGAUAUUCAAAACAAUUGGCCAUGGAAAAUCAUGCAGAUUUUUCUCGAACCCUCAAUAUAAUCCCAACUUGUAUGUUACCUUCACAUAUAUUCAAUUGACUAAAUUGAUUCAAAUUUAUAAUUUGAGGGUUUAGAUUGCUACCCCCUUGCAACUGGGCCGCUGUCGGGCACUUCCUGCCUCAUCCCCUGUUGAACUGGCUCAUUGAGCUGGGAAUCGAAGUGGGAGGGGGAGGGAAAGUAGCUUCUGUAUGGGAUUUCAUCCGUCCUUUCCCUCGAGAACGGAAAGUCGCAAAUCGCUGGCCACCAUUUUGUGUGCCAUGGAAUAAGGGAUAGAAGUAGUGGAGUGGAAGGGGCAGCAGCAGCACAGCAGCCACCAUAUUGGAUAUAUGUUCCUAUUCACGAGCAUUUAUGCUGCUCAUAUUGAUUGCUUCGUUUGGCCAUUUAUUAAAAACCCAUUGAUGCGCACCCAAGUCCGAUAGAUAGAUUCAUAUCGCAUUCACACGCACACUCGCCUUUGUUUGAACCCGGGUUUGGGCCUCGAUCUCGGAUUUGUGCGUAUCCAAAUUCCCCACGGAUCGAACCCAACGAUUUUCUAAAGUCCGCAGCCUUUGGCGGCAUUAUCCACCAUUGUUCGCCCUCCGAAAUAAAACGACUAAAAUGAAAGUCAUUUUUCGGUUUCUGUUUCAGUAAAUGGUAUAUGCCUAUACUAUUGAACUGAGUUUUAAACGAAAAAUUCAUAAAUUCCAUCGUUCGCACACGUUCAGGUGAGUUUAGACCCGUUGUUCCUGGCUUCUCACGAGUUAUUCAUCGUUAGUUUUGAGCCUUCGAAAUGAAGUCGUAACGAUUGGUCGACAUUUUCCGGCCAUUGUCCUGUCAAGGUUGCCUUGUCAUGGGGGCAUAUGUUACUCAUUGCCCUUCUAGGAUUCGAAAUCAUGGCAAUUAAGUUGCAAGUAGCGUUCGGUUAUUCUUUCGUCUCGCUUUUUGUCGCCUGUCCUCUCCAAUCAGCUUCGUUUGUUUUCAACAGUUCUGAUUCUCGAUAUCUAUCUGUACGUUAUAAAUACAUCUCCCAAAGAAUCACAAAUCUGAUUACAUUUGUUGCCUUUCAAUUCGAUUGGGUUUGUUCUUUUUCCACCUUUUUUUAUUUUUUUACUUAGCUUCUCGGAUCGUUGACAACUUUUAAGAUCAUGACUUGGCCAGAAGUUCUGCGUGGUAUCGCCGAGAAAUGCUCUUAUUCUCAAUUAUGUUAUAGAUAUUUCGGUUUUGGUUUCUUAUUCGGUGGCUUAAAUUUCAUUAUGCAAUCAGUUAGGCCGCUCUUGUUGCUGCCAAGCUACGCAAGUUUAUUGACCACUGCUUUUGUGGAGAGGGGAUUUUUGGUGGGAACAUGAAACUGAAUUCUUUUAAGUUUUCGAAAGACUCUAGAAACACGUUCGAUGAAUUCUUGCGUUGAUAGUUUUAUAGAUUGGAAAGAAACCGUUAAGGAACUAGGGCUUAAAAAUGUCCAUUCUAAAGUGUUUUUCUAUCUGAUAUAAUAAUAGUUAGACAAUUGAGAGAAUCUACUGCAAAGGUAUUAAUUAAUUGAAGUUAACUCUGUCCUUUGCCUGUUCUUCUUCAUACGGCAUGGAAACUAGAGUUAUUAUUUAAUUUCCUGCCCUUCGAUGGGCACAUCUGGUGCAGCGGUGCACCUAUUGAAGAUCUCUAUUCCUCAUCUUUUUCAACUGUCUGAUGGCCUUCCUUGACCCGCCUCUUCCACUCUGCACCCUGCUGUUGUCUGGAAAAGCGAGGGAGUGCUGGUGAAGAGUGGCCAGAGGAGACGGUGCGGACCGUAGAAAUUGUUCAAAUUCUACGUGGUCAGCAUUACGCUACAAAUUUACAAAAUGAGAAAAAAAAAAAAAAUGAAAAUUUACAUGCUGACAAAAUAACAAACAGACAGGGAAGAGGGGCAUCGGUAUAGGUGCGAGGGGCUGCAGUCCUGAUCGGCUUUAUUUUUGGUCUGGUCUAGUCUGGCCUGGUCAACGAUUUUUUGCUGCAUAAUCGUAUCACUUUCAAGUGUUUUCGUCUUGCGCAACCUCACCCGGCACCUUUCUAUGUCUCAGUAUUGCCAAAACUAACUGAGAAUUGCAUAAUAACGACAGACAUAAGUUCGUCGUUUAAUUAGCCAACGUAGUGGUUAAACUAUACUUGACCCAUUGAGUACUCAUGUGUCUUUAAGGAUUAUGAAAGUUACUCAUUUUCAACGCUUGUUUCCCUACUCCAAUUGAAUUUCCAAUGUGUUGUGGUAUUCAAAUGAGGCUAUUCAAAUGAGCAGCCAGCGUAGUCAUUCAUAAGGUUCAUUCAGCUUCUUCGGAUUUUGUGGCAACUCAUUAACAACAAAAAGUGGCGUAAAGUUCAGAUAAUGUUGCCCACCGCCAUCUAUACACAUGUCUGUUAACAAUAGUGUGCCCCCUUCUGCCCUAAAAUCUGACUUGGCUUCUUUUAGCAAUUUCAUUGUUGACACUAUCCGCUGACGCGGAUCUGUCCUGUCAUAAUUGUUGCUCACUGGUUUUCUGUAACAGCUUUUGCUCUUCUUUCGAGGAUAGUGAAAAGUCAUUGGUGAAUUUGAAUUCAAUACCAGUAAGCCUGCACAAAUGCGCGAUGCAUUCGUGUAAACUGUACUCGUGCUGGUCGUUGAAGUGUUGGAAAACGGUUUUUAAAGCCAGUCAAAUGAAGAAAUGAUGAGGCCCGUUUCCUUGUAGCAAGGUUUCUAUCUGGGGAAAGCAAAUUUAAUUUAAAAUUUAAAUAUGCUUUGUUACCAAAAAUGUUUCGGAAACAGCUUUUGAUUGUCUUUCACCGGAUACAAACCUGCUUCCCUCUAAACCCCUCUAAUCGCCCAUCAUUAUUUUCUCAAUCAGCAUCGGCUUCUUUAUUAUUGUUCCCCUUUUUUUGCGUCGGCAACAAUUUAAACUAAUUAAGUUGUAAUAAAGCACUCAAGAACGCUCAAAAAACAUUGAAGAGAAAAAAAAAAUGAUUAACCAGGCGAGUUUUACUUGUUCAAUAUUUCUGUGCUCUUUUUCCUACUGUUUUCUAGCAGCGAUGAAAAAAGUUAUACAAGCAUCCAAUCGAAAUUCCCCCUCCUCACCUUGUUGAUGAUGCUGCUAAUUUUUCAGCCCGCACCGAGCAUCAACCAACCAACCAAUUUGACUUUUUUCUAUUUACUGUAUUUUUGGUAUUUUUGAAGUUCACCAAAAGUGUUUUUUGGGCUCUAUGGUCUUGGCCCGGUCUAUUAGUUCAGUGGCCCAUUAAUGUGCAUAUUGCCUGCUCUUUUUCCGACUCUCUUUUGGGUGAUUCCAUGAUUGCGAUAAUUGUGUUAAUUUUUUGGGUAAAUAAGUGUGUAUUUCUAUUGGGCUGCGAGCUGGAAAUCGUGGGGCAUUAAAAAGGCUGUGCAUUUAGUUGAAAGGUAUUAGGAUCAGUUCAAAAUUGCACCUAAAUUGUGCCAAAUUAUUCAGGAAUCGGGCUUACUAUUUGAUUUAACACAAUUUACAUGUUCAUGGAACUAAGGUAUUCUCUUUUUUAUGUAGCUAUUAAAUGGCAUUUUGUAAACUAAAAUCUAGAUAUCAUUGUGAAACACUUACCCCAGCUUCUUUUUUCAAAGCAGCUUAUCAAAUAAUAUGUCACAACCCCUCAAAAAGCGAGCAAAACAACAUCUAAAGUUGCAUAUAUUUCAUAAAUAAAUUGUUUACAUUUUUGUAAUAUCCAAGUGAAAUGGCGGAAUCUGAUUCGGGAGAAAGUACUUCGUCGGUGUCCUCGUUUAUAUCCCGCUCAUCGUCGUCUUCGCGAUUGAGUGAGUUUGUGGACGCCAAGACAGAGCUGCAGGAUAUAUAUCACGAUUUGAGUAACUACCUGUCCAAUUUCCUAACCAUUUUGGAAGACAGUGUCCUGUUAAAAGAUCGACAAAUGCUGGAACACCUGUGCGCCUUCUCAAGCAGAGUGGAGGCCAUUGCAAAGGUACUUUCGCGUGAUCGAAUGAAGGUGGCAUUUUUUGGACGCACCUCAAACGGAAAAAGUGCUGUGAUCAAUGCCCUUUUGCAUGAAAAAAUCCUGCCCAGCGCCAUGGGCCACACCACCAGUUGCUUUUGCCAAGUGCAGGCUAAUGACUCGGAUGAAACCGAGCACGUAAAGGUCGAGCAGGAGCAUAUGGAACUGAGUGCCCUAAGGGAACUGGCCAGUGCACAUUCUCCAGGUGCCCUGAAACCCUCAACUCUGCUGCAGGUCAAUAUGGCCAAGAACCGAUGCUCGAUCUUGGACUACGACGUGGUUCUGAUGGAUACACCUGGAGUGGAUGUAACAGCGCAACUGGACGACUGUCUAGAUAGCUACUGCAUGGAUGCGGAUGUUUUCAUCCUAGUUCUCAAUGCCGAGUCCACUGUUUCGCGCGUGGAAAGGCAGUUCUUCAAGGACGUGGCGUCCAAACUCUCGCGUCCAAAUCUCUUUAUACUCAACAAUCGAUGGGAUAAGGCCAGCAGUAUGGAGCCGGAAAUGGAGCAGAAGGUAAAGGAUCAGCAUAUGGAACGCUGCGUUAAUCUGCUAGUGGAUGAGUUAGGUGUUUAUUCCACUGCGCAGGAAGCCUGGGAAAGGAUCUAUCAUGUGUCAGCACUGGAGGCGUUGCAUAUAAGGAAUGGUCACAUUAAGAAUCCCUCGGCACAAACAAAAGAGCGAUAUCAGGAGUUCCUGCGUUUCGAAAAUGAUUUUUCGAAUUGCCUUGCGGUGUCAGCGUUAAAAACAAAGUUUGGGCCACACUUGCUCAGUGCGCAGAAGAUUUUAAACCAGUUAAAAUCCACGCUGAUAAGCCCUUUCAUAGAGAAAGUAAGUCGUCUUAUAGAUGAGAAUAAGGAGAGGAGAGCAAACUUGAAUGCGGAAAUAGAAGAGUGGGAAUUAGAAAUGCAAGAUGAAAGAGAAGACCUUCAAUACUGCUUCGAAGAACUGACUGAAAUGACACAAAGAUUAGGUCGGUGCGUAUUAAACGACCAGAUAAAAACGUUAAUGCCCUCGGCUGUGCUAUCAUUCUCGCAUCCAUUUCAUCCGGAGUUCCCAGCACAAAUAAGCCAGUACCAACGCUCUUUAUGUGCCCAUUUGGAUAAUCUUCUUGAAGAUCGAGUCCUCCAAUGUCUCUCCAUACCGCUACAGAGAAAAAUAUUAGAUAUGGAGAAAGAAAUGGGACUUCAGAUCACCGAGAAAUCUUGCGAUUGGCAGCUAAUCUACGGCCUGGAUUGCCAAUCCUAUAUGAGGAACUUUCAGCCAGAUCUUAGGUUUCGGUUUUCCUUGGGCUUUACUGCCCUGUGGCAUCGUAUUGAAGGAAACCUACCAUUGCACGCAAGUCCAUUCCGAACUCAAAGGUUACGAAAUGGUCACAAGAAAUGUUUGCCCCUGCCUCCUUUAGUUCACGGAAACCAUUGGCAGAUGCUGGCAUCUUUGGUUAAGUCCAAAGGCAGCCUUGGAACCGUUUUGCUGGGCGCCAUGGCCAUCCGUUCGUUCAACUGGCCAAUUGUAAUGAUCCUUGGUGGGCUCGUCGGAUCCUUCUACAUCUACGAGUACGCCGCUUGGACGACUGCCGCCCAAGAGCGAAGUUUCAAGAGCCAGUACUCCAGGCUCUUGCAACAACGUCUGCGGACGGAUGUACAGCAAACUGUCAGCGGGUUUGAGCUCCAGUUGCGACAGCACCUGGCAAAAGUCCGAAAUUGCUGGGAAGCCCGGUCCAAUGAGACUCUGAAUGACCUGAACGUGAGGAUCGCGGAGCUGACCAAACAAAUACAAUCGAUGGAGGUGUUGCAGCUGAGCCUAAAGAAGUUUCGGGACAAGGGACAGCUGCUGGCCAGUCGAUUGGGGGACUUUCAAGAGACCUUCUUGACCAAGAGCUGACAAUUAUGAGAGGGUUACAGCAAAUUCUAAACGUUCUUAAUAGUUUUAAUUUCUUUGGUUACCUUCGUUUUGGUUUUGUUACUUAGAAAUUUGUAUGUAAUUGGUUGAAUAUUUUAAAAUAUUAAACGUUUGGUCUUUACUACUUUAAAGUUA